AUGGGCGCUUCGAUCGAGGGCGAGGUCGAUGAAAUAAUCGCUCGUCAUCGCGCGUGCGUGUUACGCGGACGCGCGUUCUUCGUCGCGUGGCACGGGACGCUGACGCUCGCGUUUCAAGCUUGGAGCGAAGAUUUCGCGAGACUCAAGCGCGCGCUGAACGAGAUCGACGCGAUGCAAGCCGAGGCGUUCGGAUCGAAGUGGCCGAAAAUUUCAUUGGGGUGCUUGAAAUCAGACGACGCGGGGGGGAGGUUGACGAUGGAGGAGUACGAAGCGUUGCGCGACGUCUGCGAUGGCUUUCGCGGUCGAGCGGAGCGCGACGCUCGAGUUCGAGCGAGCGAGCUGAAAGUCGUGGUUUUUGGUUCGAGAUGCUGCGAGCGACGCGUGAGCGUAAAGCGCGUGAAACUGCGCCCAGAGGAAUGCGGUGAGGAGGCAUCGAGGGAAAGUGUAGCGCUCGUUGAGUCUGUGCUAAGUGAGGGACGGCGUGACGAAGAAUACUUAAAUCGCGUCAACGCGCCGGGGCAUCGAGCGUGUCAUUACGAACAAGGAAGCGGUGUCACGCUCGUGGCCGACGCUCUCGAAGGAAACACCUCCGACGUUUCUGAUUUGACAGCGUUGCUGCUCGAGUUUCGGAGCGCGGUUGAGAAAAUAUUACCGGGACGCUUCCGUUGGUUUCGAGACGAUUCUCUGCACGUCACCGUGCGCGGUCUCGUAAACUAG